AAGAGGAAGCAUUUGCAAUAGACGCAUCUCUAAUGCCGUGUUUAUUUUGAGCGAAUGUGCAUAAAACUCCGCUUAAAUCAAGAUUUUAUAUUAAUUUAAAAGAAGAACCGGCAACUAACACAAAGACACAGCAUGGAUCGACCACAGAAAAUGCCCAAGGUGGCAAAGGUCAAAAAUAAAGCGCCCGCUGAGGUGCAAAUUACCGCGGAGCAGCUGCUGCGCGAGGCGAAAGAACGUGAUUUGGAGAUAUUGCCACCGCCGCCCAAACAAAAGAUUUCCGAUCCAGCCGAAUUGGCCGACUACCAACAGAGGAAGCGGAAAACAUUCGAGGACAAUCUGCGCAAGAAUCGCAUGGUGGUCAGCCACUGGAUCAAGUACGCCCAAUGGGAGGAGCAGCAGCAGGAGAUACAGCGCGCACGCUCCAUAUGGGAGCGGGCGUUGGACAACGAACAUCGGAACGUAACCAUUUGGCUGAAAUAUGCCGAAAUGGAAAUGAAGAACAAACAGGUGAAUCAUGCACGAAACCUUUGGGAUCGUGCUGUCACCAUAAUGCCACGCGUCAAUCAGUUUUGGUACAAGUACACCUACAUGGAGGAGAUGCUGGAGAAUGUGGCCGGAGCGCGGCAGGUCUUUGAGCGCUGGAUGGAGUGGCAGCCGGAGGAGCAGGCCUGGCAGACCUACGUCAAUUUCGAGUUGCGCUACAAGGAAAUCGAUCGCGCACGCGAGGUCUACGAACGCUUUGUUUACGUGCAUCCCGAUGUCAAGAACUGGAUCAAGUUCGCACGCUUCGAGGAGACGCAUGGCUUUAUACAUGGCGCCCGUCGUGUCUUCGAGCGGGCCGUCGAAUUCUUUGGCGAUGAGUACAUCGAGGAGCGUCUGUUCAUUGCCUUCGCACGCUUCGAGGAGGGGCAGAAGGAGCACGAUCGUGCGCGCAUCAUUUACAAGUAUGCGCUCGAUCAUCUGCCCAAGGAUCGGACACCAGAGCUAUUCAAGGCCUACACCAUACACGAGAAGAAGUAUGGUGAUCGGGCGGGCAUCGAGGAUGUGAUCGUGUCCAAGCGCAAGCAUCAAUACGAACAGGAGGUGGCCGCCAAUCCGACCAACUACGAUGCCUGGUUCGAUUAUCUGCGCCUGAUCGAGGCCGAUGGCGACAAGGAACUGAUCCGCGAGACCUACGAGCGGGCGAUUGCGAAUGUGCCGCCCGCCAAAGAGAAGAACUACUGGCGUCGCUACAUCUACAUCUGGAUCAACUAUGCGCUCUACGAGGAGCUCGAGACGGAGGACAUACAGCGCACGAGGGAAAUCUACAAGACCUGCCUGGAGCUAAUACCCCACAAGGUGUUCACGUUCAGCAAGAUCUGGCUGCUGUACGCCCAGUUCGAGCUGCGCUGCAAGGAGCUGCAAACGGCACGCAAAGCCUUGGGCAUGGCCAUCGGCAUGUGUCCCAGGGACAAGCUGUUCCGCGGCUACAUUGAUCUGGAGAUACAGCUGCGCGAAUUCGAGCGCUGUCGCCUGCUCUACGAGAAGUUCCUGGAGUUUGGGCCCGAGAACUGUGUCACCUGGAUGAAAUUCGCCGAGCUGGAGAAUCUGCUGGGCGACACGGAGCGUGCGCGGGCCAUCUUCGAGCUGGCCGUGCAGCAGCCACGCCUCGACAUGCCCGAGCUGCUGUGGAAGGCCUACAUUGACUUUGAGGUCGCCCUCGGCGAGACGGAGCUGGCACGCCAGCUGUACGAGCGCCUGCUCGAGCGCACGCAGCACGUGAAGGUCUGGAUGUCGUAUGCCAAAUUCGAGAUGGGCAUCAGUCAUGGCCAGGGCGACGGCGACCCGGAUGCCGAUCUGAAUGUGCGUCUGGCGCGCCGCAUUUACGAGCGAGCCAACGAUACGCUGCGUCAGCUGAACGACAAGGAGUCGCGCGUCCUGCUCCUGGAGGCGUGGCGCGACUUCGAGCGCGAUGUCAAUGAACCACAGUCACUGCAAAAGGUGCUGGACAAGAUGCCGCGCCGCAUCAAGAAGCGGCAGAAGAUCGUCUCCGACGAUGGUGUCGAGGAGGGCUGGGAGGAGGUCUUCGACUACAUAUUCCCCGAGGACGAGAUGGCACGACCCAAUCUCAAGCUACUCGCCGCCGCCAAAAUGUGGAAGAAGCAGAAACACAACGACGCGGACGCAGCUACAGACGCGGACACUGAGCCAACGGCAGCGGAAUCUUCAGCACCUGAGCCAGCAGCAGAAGAAGACACAGCGGAGACAUAGCGUGCAGAAAUCCUGCCAUUCCGAAUGCCCAUCAAAUAAAAACUCUAAUGUUAA